CGGUUCCGCCUCCUCCGCCGCCUCCCCCAGGUCGCCGCCAUGUUGGAUGGUGCGUGUGGGUGUCAAACCCAGCCAGCGGCGGCCGGGCACCGGGACACCCACUCCGCUCCUCCCGCGGCCCCUUCCCCGCUCCUCCCGCACCCUCCGGCACGCAGCGCCAGGUCAGAGCUAAGGAGCGUUGGAUAAUAUUUGGGCAAGAAAAGUCUUAUCUGCGAGUUACCUGGUGGUCCUGUCCUAGUAGGAGAAGAGGUAUCUGAGACCUGGCUGUCAGGUCAUGAUUUUCAUUUUCUCGUGUCAUUCUCUUGAAGAGAGGAAAUGGUUGUAGUGGAACGUGUUACAAAUAAGCCACUGAUACGGAGCCUUCGCAGUUCAGAAACGUUCAUAGAAGAGCAGAUAUAGCCCUCUUUUGUUUGUGUUCUGGAAUCUGUCUAGUUAAAAAGGGAAAUAAAAAUGACGACUUCGUCUAUUAGACGGCAGAUGAAGAACAUUGUGAACAAUUAUUCAGAGGCCGAAAUAAAAGUUCGGGAAGCGACCUCUAAUGACCCCUGGGGUCCCUCCAGUUCAUUAAUGACUGAAAUAGCAGAUCUGACUUACAAUGUUGUGGCCUUUUCUGAAAUUAUGAGCAUGAUCUGGAAACGACUGAAUGACCAUGGCAAGAACUGGCGACACGUAUACAAGGCCCUUACUCUGUUAGAUUACCUGAUUAAAACUGGUUCCGAGAGGGUGGCGCAGCAGUGUAAAGAGAAUAUUUUUGCUAUCCAGACAUUGAAAGAUUUCCAGUAUAUUGAUCGAGACGGUAAAGACCAGGGCAUCAAUGUGAGGGAGAAAUCGAAGCAGCUGGUGUCUCUUCUGAAGGAUGAUGAGCGACUCAAGACAGAGAGGGCCCAAGCCCUGAAGACCAAAGAACGCAUGGCUCAGGUGGCUACUGGAGUGGGUAGCAAUCAGAUCACCUUCGGCCGCGGCUCCAGUCAGCCCAACCUAUCCACCAGCUACUCAGAGCAAGAAUAUGGAAAGUCUGGUGGAUCCCCAGCGUCUUACCAUGGCUCUACAUCCCCUCGAGUUUCCUCGGAGCUUGAGCAGGCUCGGCCUCAGACAAGUGGAGAAGAGGAGCUCCAACUGCAGCUCGCGCUGGCAAUGAGCCGGGAAGUGGCGGAGCAGGUCAGUUACCGUGAGGAGCGCCUCAGACGCGGAGAUGAUCUGAGAUUACAGAUGGCUCUGGAGGAGAGUCGCAGAGACACAAUUAAAAUUCCCAAAAAGAAGGAGCAUACCACUCUCUUGGACCUAAUGGAUGCCCUGCCCUCGUCGGCACCGGCCCCACAGAAAACGGAGCCUUGGGGACCUCCAGCUGUUGCAAACCAAACUGAUCCCUGGGGAGGAUCCACAGUUGCAGCUACUGCCUCUGACCCGUGGCAAUCCUUUGGUGCCAAACCAGCUGCUUCCGUUGACCCUUGGGCAGCACCAGCAGGAUCCACAGCUCAGCCUCUGUCCAAAAAUGUGGACCCGUGGGCUCCUGCUCAGCCAUCUUCUACUGCAGCAAAAUCUUCUGUGGAUCCUUGGGGACCAGCACCUGCCAACAAACCUCUCUCCACUUCUGGAAGUACAUCUUUUGACCUCUUCAGUAAUUUGAAUGGUACAGUUAAAGAUGAUUUUUCUGAAUUUGACACACUUCGAACUUCCAAAAAGCCAGCUGAAUCAGGUUCCACUUUGCCAUCUCAGCAUAGCGGUACCACAAGUCCCGAUCUCUUUGAUUCCCAGCACUCAAGCAUGACAUCAGGCAAACAAAGUGCGGCUCGGAAAACCCCUGAGUCUUUUUUGGGCCCCAAUGCUGCUUUGGUGAACCUGGAUUCACUGGUGUCUAAGCCACCACAACCUGUUACUUCGCUGAAUCCAUUCUUGGCACCAGGCGCCGCUACAGCACCGACUCCAAUCAACCCCUUCCAAGUGAAUCAGCCUCAGCCACUCACUCUAAAUCAGAUGAGAGCGAGUCCUGUGAUGGGAACCAGCCCUUCCUUCAGUGCUGUGCCACCGAUAAGCAUGGAGCCAAUACCUCUGUCUUCCAUGGCCCCAGUGCCUGUGGGAAUGGCACCGAUACCAGCUAUGGGCACUGUGGCAUCCAUAACGAGGAUGGGCCAGGGGCUGAACGUGAGCAUUGCAGGAUCAAUGACCCAACCUCUUCACAGUACAGGAAUCCCGCCGUCAGCGUCCCAGUCGACAAAUACAACUAACCCUUUUCUCCUAUAAAGACCCAAUUAAAGGAACUUUCUUUUUCAUAGUGUUUCCAGGCUGAAGUCUUUACAGCAAAACGAACAUGGCCUGUGUGGACUGAACAGUGUGUAAGAGACUUGGAAGUAGAUUUGCAGUUUACAGUUAUGAUCUUUGAAGAGUUGUCUCUACUUACCAGUUAAUCUAAAUCUAGUCUUUGCUACAGAUGGUACCUUACUUUGGCUUGUUGAGCAUUAUGUGAAAUGUUCAGACUUUUCACCAAAGUUAGAUUCUGCCCAUUUUGUUACUUUGUUAAUCAUUUCAAUACACUUUCUAGGGAGAACCUGCCAUUUUAAACUCCAUUGGCUAUUUUGUAGAUGUCAGAUGAUGUGCUGGAUCCCGAAAUUACGAUUUCCCUGCAUCUGUCACUUCCUACGCCCAUAUAAUAGACCUGAGAUUCAGAGUGCUAGUGAAUGUUUUGCACAUAACUAUACACAGUUCUAGACUGUUGGUUCACCCAUAGUCCUUACUCUUAGAAGAGAACGAUUCGGAGGGCCCAGGUGGCUGGUUUUUAUGCAUUAAACAUUGCAACGCAAACUCGCACUGCUUUCGUAUCAGAGGUUUGACUGAGAAAGCAAGCUUGUCUCAAAAGGAAAACAAACAAAAAAAAAAACAAAAAAAGCAAACAAACAAAACCCAAACCAACAAAAAAAAAGACAAAAAAACCCAAGAACAUUCUCAAGUUGUCGAGUAUAACGUGUGCCGUUGUAUGCAGUGUUGAAUUUGUACACUACUCUCUAAGGACUCCUGAGGAACUCUCUGUGAGUGGCAUGCUGCACUCGUGCUGAGUGAGUGUCCUGCUCUGUGCUUGUCCAGUACCAGCUUCGUUCGGAAGUUAUCAUGUGUAUUUUGUUUUUAUUUGACUUACAAUGUGAGUUGAAAGAAAAGAGAAAUACAGUGGGACAACUUUGAAUUCAGUUUCACCGGGGCAAGCUUUAAAACUAAUUCAGGCUUAACCUUGCUAUAUGCAGUUACUCUUGUAUACUUUUGCACAUAUUUUGUUUAGUACAGUUUCAUAUUUGAGUUUGCAGAGUUACCUAAUAGUCCUUUUUUUUUUUGCUAAUUUUUAUAAUGUGGUUCUUAUUUAACUGUCUGGUUUUGAUAGAUUUAUCAAGUCUGGCUGAAAAAUUAAGAUAUUGGCAAAUGUCAUUUUUAUGGUUUUAAUGCCCUCUUAUUUAUGGUUUUAGCUCUUUGUUUCUGUAAAGAGAGUUUAAAAGGGAAGAUUAACACUAAAAUAUUUACUUUUAAAUGAAGUAUUCAUAAUGCAAAUCAAAACAAAUUCUCGUGACUAAUUAUUUUUAGAUGAAUCGAAUUUGAGCGUAACAUGAUUUAAGACUACAUUAAAAAGAAAAAACACUAAAGUCGCCUUUCCCUUGAUUUGUUCCCGUUUCCCGAUGACCAAAAUGGACAGACGUUUAGCCUUUAUGAAGAUCGGAAGAGAGGCUAUUUUAUUUUUUGUCUUGUAAUACUUCUUGAGAUGUUAAAAAUCCUAAUGUACAAACACGACUCAUUAAUUUUAUUGACUAAUUUUUCUUAAUGAAAGGUGCACUCCAUAUUAAUAACCGGCUCCAUUUACAACUAUUAAUUGUAAGCCGAGCUAUACAUUUUUAACUUGCAUGCCUGGACUCAUCGGCACUAAAACCGCGCUCAGGUUUCAGCCGGGGUUUCUGGUGGAAACCUGGCCUUCUCAAAGACGGCAACGUUUCCGAGCUCUGCUUUCACAAGCAACGCCAGCAUCCGCAGAGCAUGUGGAAAGGGAUGCCCCGGUCCUCGCUACUGCCUUGAGGGCAUCCCUCUGAAUGAACUGAUGCAUCUUGGUGGCCUUUCCCUAAUUAGAAGGGGGCGAGGGGGGAACGAAGAAGCUGAAAGAAAUUGCCAGAGUUGUGUGUUCUGGUGUUGUGAUGCUGUGUGGGAGCGCAGAGAAGGGCGGGCCACCGCGGAAGGGACCGGGUUGUAUCUUUUGGUGGGCAGGGGAGGCUGAAAGACUAUCAGAUCUAGGGUACAAUCACAGAUUUUAGCUGUGUAGGUCAGCGUAGCUCUGUUAGUACGUGGAAUGCUAAAUGUGUGGAUGUUUCUAUGCAGAUUGUUCUAUCCUCUUGAAUACUGAUGAAUUUGCAAGUAGGAUUCAGAAUAUUCAUCUGCUCUUGUUUUUAUAUAGGAGGAAAGAGAAUUACUGUCCACACCCAGUAUGUCUUUAAGAAAACAAAACAAAAAAAACCGCUCAUGUUGCCUUUCAGAGUAAGGAAAAAAUACUUUACUUUUUUGUUGUUGUUGAAGUUACUGAAAAGUGUAGACCAGGAAGGGUGUGAUUCUUGCGGACUGGGGGGGAGGGGAAGCGCUUUCCAAUUGAUCUGUGGCAAGAAUUAUCUUUCAUUAUUUUUCCACUUUAAUUUUAUCAACAGCGGAAUUGAGGUCACUCGAUGUUUUUCCCGUAGUCUGUCACCCGAAUGCGUUUGCAGCAGGUAGACGGGGUGUUGUCUCUUCAGCCAAAAACUUCCAAGCGCCUCCUCUCCUUAAACGCUAGGUAGCUGUUUUUGGAGGUUGGCUGGGGUUGAUAGCAAGUAUUUAAAGCGAUGAAGUCAUCUACAGUUCAGAGUCACGAUCUGUCACCGUGAAUUGAUGAAAACGUGCUGUCGGUCUGGUAGGCAGCCCUAGCUUAAUGAAACUGCUGAAUGGCAAAUUGUUGCUUUUACCAAGCCACUUCUGUGAAAGCUCUAUUACUUUUACAUUAUAUAGCUCUAUAUAUAGACAUAUAUCGCACAAUAAACCGUGACAGGGCACUCUGAAGAGCGAUCGGCCCAGACCGUGGCGCUCUAAAGCGUUAGGCGAAGGACUACCCGCGCUGAGGUUCCCAGCCUGACGUCGGGGUUGUGGCAGGAGCCGAGUUCAAGAGUGAUAAGCAGCGGCUUCAGUAAAUCUGCCCGGUUCCCGGGCCGGAGGCGGGCCCGCGUCUCGAGGGCCCUGCAGGCGUGGGGUGCCGUGGCGGGGACGCCGAGGGGCGGCUGCUGUCCUAGCCGGGUGAAGCUUCGGUUGUGUCCAGAGUGGUAAAUAUCUCUUUGCGAUAAUUUAGCUGCUCUCCAGAAUAAUUCUUCCUCUCGCCCUCCCACCUCUUUUUGCACGGAGGACGUGUGUGUAUCCCAUCACAUCUGCUCUGGCGUAUUUCUCCAAAUGCAUUUCCCUCUUCCCCUUCUUUUCUCACUUGCAAAUAUUAAAAGUGCUUUUGAUUUUUUUUUUUUUUUUAAUAUGUUAGUAUCCCAAAAUAGCCUUACUGGUCAAAUUGACCAAAGAUAAAGUGUUAAAUAUUUUGUAAAAAAAAAAAAUAAAAAAAAAUCUUGGCAUAAUUUUAAACCCAAAAUAAGCUCAGUUAUUUAUUCAGUUUUAUACUAUAUAGAAACUAAACUACAUUGAGGGGACAGGGAAGGAAAACCGUGGUGGGUUGUGGUGUUUACAGUCUUUGAAGUCCCGUAGCUAAGACAACUAUUGUUAUCCAUCUUCCCUUUUGCUGUUACAGUUUCUAAUGUGUACUGUAUGUAUUAAUAUUGCACAAAUUGUGGAGAAAUAUACGGUUUAUUUUUCACAGCAGAAUCUCACAAGACUCGCUUCCUUUACGAGUGUUACAAUUUAAAUAUUUACCAAACUGUUUUCAUAAUACUGGGAGCCGGCUGCUUUUUAUGAAUUUGUGCUGACUAUUGACAUUAUUUACUGUAUAAAUAAUUUAUCAUUUGUACUAUUGUAUCAUAAUGUCUGUAUCUUUGUGUCAUUUUUCCCAAGCGAUGUCACAAAUGUGAUAAUUUAAUAAUGCCAUCAGAACAGUGGAAAGACAGGGGGUUUGUAGGUGACUGGUCAGAAUUAAAAUUGUAUUGCUUCUAUUCCAGCCGUGUUGCUUUUUCAAGGCUCUGCGUAGUGUUUAUGAUCCCCUUCAAAGAAACUGUCGCUGCCACGCUUGAUUUUAGUUUUCAAGAAAGCCGAUGGAUUGGUCGAGGUGAUUUGAGGUGUGUGCUGCGAGUCCUAGGCGCUAGGAGAAAUCUAACCGUUACCGAGAGUAAUGCUUCUUGUACAUUGUCAAUGUGAUUGCUUCGAUGCAUUCAUCGCUGUCCUGGGGCAGGCCUGCUCUUACUAUGAGAAAGGAGGGUUUCUUAUAGAUCACGUAAAUCGGAAUCAGUUGAGACCUUACUAACUCAAUAAAAAUGAAGACUUGUUGUGUUG